UUUUCCUGUCAAUUGUCAUAUAUCUAAAUCGGCAUUUUGAUCGUCAUUUUUGUAGGUUUUUAUUAUAAAUUUAGCUGUUAAAUUGAAAAAUAUUUUACUCUAAAAAUUGCGUCAUAAAAGACAUCGAAAUCUUCGACCGAUUAUAACCAUAAAAGCAUUUUAGUUUGUUUGCAUUUUUACAUAACUUAACCUCUCCUAGUGAACUUCACAUGUAAAGAUGUCUGCAGCUCAAAUUUUCAACAGAAUCGGCCAAGUCGGUCUAGGAAUAGCACUCGUAGGUGGAGUAGUCAAUUCAGCAUUGUACAAUGUUGAUGGAGGUCACAGGGCAGUUAUUUUCGACAGAUUCGCCGGUAUUAAGAAACAAGUUAUCGGCGAAGGUACACAUUUCUUUAUACCUUGGGUACAGAAACCUAUUAUCUUUGAUGUACGGUCCCGCCCUAGAAAUAUCCCAGUAGUAACAGGGAGUAAAGAUCUGCAAAACGUAAAUAUCACGCUCCGUAUCCUCUUCAGACCAGUUCCCGACGAAUUACCAAAAAUCUACACAAUUUUAGGCCAGGAUUAUGAAGAAAGAGUUUUACCAUCAAUUACUAAUGAAGUCCUAAAAGCUGUGGUGGCUCAGUUUGAUGCCAGUGAAUUGAUUACUCAGAGAGAUGUAGUUUCCCAAAAAGUUAGUGAAGAUUUAACAGAAAGAGCCAAUCAGUUUGGUGUUAUCCUGGAUGAUAUAUCAUUAACCCAUUUAACCUUUGGAAGGGAAUUCACACAAGCUGUAGAAUUGAAACAAGUUGCCCAACAGGAAGCUGAGAAAGCCAGGUUUUUGGUAGAAAAAGCUGAACAGACAAAGAAAGCAACUGUAAUCUCAGCGGAGGGUGAUGCUCAAGCUGCUCUGCUUCUAGCCAAGGCUUUUGGCGAUGCUGGAGAAGGUUUAGUUGAACUGAGACGUAUAGAAGCAGCUGAAGACAUCGCUUACCAACUAUCAAGGUCUAGGCAGGUUUCCUACUUGCCCGGUGGACAAAAUUUGUUGUUGAAUGUGCCAACACCUGGUAAUUAGAUUGAAACACUUAACAGGAAAAUUGGAGCUAGUUGAUUAUUUGGCUCUAUGAAGGAGAGAGUUGUCCAUUUAGCUUUUAUGGUUCUAUUAUUUUUUAUAAAAGUAUGUUAAUAAAUUGUUGAUAAAUUUU